CUCAGCCUGGAGUUGAAAGAUAGAGGCACAGAGUUCCAGCAGGAUGCUCUCUCUAUUAUGAUAUUAACCGGGAACACUGCACUUUGUAACAGAAAUGAACUUAACAUUCCCAAUCUCACCGUAUUUUUCUUCACUGAUCGCGUAAAACAAAAACAGAAUCUUGUAGUCUUGAAAAGGAAAUUGCCUAGUCUAGAGGGCGGUGGCAUUUGCUUUUCUAUCUAACUAGUCUGUGAUAUCCCUGGGACCUCUUGAACCUAGUUUCUGUGGUUCUGUUUUUUGAAACAGAGAGAAAGUACCGUUCGGUUUUGCCGAGAAGCGAGGAUUUUGGUCAGAAGGGAUUGUUGUUAUAUUCUGCGUUUAUCAUGAGAAAAAGUGAGCAGGCUGCGUAUUGUGGAAUAGGACUGGGAUACUUUUUGCAAAUGUACAUCAUACCUGGAUUCAUGGUCCUGUUUGUCUUCAGCACUGCUGCGGCUCAAGAUGAUGAUUUCCUUGGAGAGCUGCCUGAAACAUUCCCUUCUGACCCACCGGAGCCCAUACCCCACUUCCUCAUGGAGCCAGAGGAAGCCUACAUUGUAAAGAACAAGCCGGUGAACCUUUACUGCAAGGCAACCCCCGCCACCCAGAUCUACUUCAAGUGCAACAGUGAGUGGGUCCAUCAGAAAGACCAUGUUGUGGAGGAGCGAGUGGAUGAAACCUCAGGCCUGGUGGUCAGAGAGGCGAGCAUUGAGAUUACCCGUCAGCAGGUGGAGGAGUUGUUUGGCCCAGAGGACUACUGGUGCCAGUGUGUGGCCUGGAGCUCAGCAGGAACAACCAAGAGUCGCAAGGCACAUGUACGCAUUGCAUAUCUCAAGAAGACCUUUGAACAGGAGCCUUUGGGGAAGGAAGUUUCCAUGGAACAGGAAGUGCUUCUUCAGUGUCGCCCACCUGAGGGGAUACCAAUGGCUGAGGUUGAGUGGUUGAAAAACGAGGAAAUAAUUGACCCUGCUGAGGAUCUGAAUUUUUACAUCACCAUAGACCACAACCUCAUUAUUAAGCAGGCUCGUCUGUCUGAUACUGCCAACUAUACCUGCGUAGCCAAGAACAUUGUUGGAAAGAGGAGGAGCACCACAGCCACAAUCACUGUCUACGUGAAUGGCGGUUGGUCGACCUGGACUGAGUGGUCUGUCUGUAACGGUCGCUGUGGCAGAGGUUAUCAGAAGCGCACCCGGAGCUGCACCAAUCCUGCUCCCCUUAACGGAGGAGCUUUCUGUGAGGGACAGAAUGUCCAGAAGCUUGCCUGCACCACCUUGUGUCCAGUGGACGGGUCAUGGACAGAGUGGAGCAAGUGGUCCACUUGUGGGACGGAGUGCACCCACUGGAGAAGGAGGGAGUGCAAUGCGCCAUCACCCAAGAAUGGAGGCAAGGACUGUGAAGGAAUGGUGUUACAGGCCCAAAACUGCACCGACAGGCUAUGCAUGCAGAGUUUAUUUUAUCAGAUUUCAACUGAACAGAAAGCACAGAAUGACUUUGGAUUUUCAUCUGCUCCGAGUACUGAUGAUGUGGCGCUAUAUGUUGGUAUCGGCAUCGCUGUGAUCGUAUGCCUGGUUAUUUCUGUGAUUGUGGCUCUGUUUGUGUACCGCAAAAACCACCAUGACUUUGAAUCGGACAUCAUUGACUCUUCUGGUGGCUUCCAAUCUGUCAACAUCAAGACUGGCAGACAAGAUCUACUGACUGUCCCUCCAGAUCUCACAUCAGCAGCCACCAUGUACAGAGGCCCUGUCUAUGCUCUGCAUGAUGUCUCUGACAAGAUACCAAUGACCAGCUCCCCCCUCCUAGACCCCCUGCCCAACCUGAAGAUCAAGGUGUACAACUCCUCAGGGAUGGUCACUCCACAGGAUGACUUGUCUGACUUUGCCUCCAAGCUGUCGCCACAGGUCACCCAGGCCUUGCUGGAUAAUGAGACCAUGAACCUGAGGAACCAGAGCUUUGCCCAGCAGAGGGACCCAUCCUGCACCGCAUUCGGUUCCUUCAACUCUCUGGGUGGCCACUUAAUAGUCCCCAAUUCAGGAGUGAGCUUGUUGGUCCCAGCAGGAGCCAUCCCCCAGGGAAGAGUCUAUGAGAUGUAUGUGACAGUGCACAGGAAAGACAACAUGAGACCGCCAGUGGAGGAUGUCCAAACUGUGUUGAGUCCCGUAGUGACCUGCGGACCUCCAGGUGCCUUACUCACCAGGCCUGUCAUCAUCACAAUGCACCACUGUGCAGAGGUCAACAUGGAAGACUGGCAGAUCCAACUCAAGAACCAAUCACAGCAGAGACAUUGGGAGGAUGUGGUUGUUGUUGGAGAGGAAAAUUUCACCACCCCCUGCUACAUCCAGCUGGACAUGGAAGCCUGUCACAUCCUCACAGAAACCCUGAGUACCUACUGCCUGGUGGGCCAAUCUAUCAGCAAAACUGCUGCCAAGCGCCUCAAGCUGGCCAUAUUCGGCCCUGUCUCCUGCACAGCCUUGGAGCACCACAUCCGUGUGUACUGCCUGGACGACACACAAGAUGCGCUCAAGGAGGUCUUACAGAUGGAAAAGCAGAUGGGAGGAAAGCUGUUGGAUGAACCAAAGACUCUUAACUUUAAGGACAGCACCCACAACCUUCGGCUGUCCAUUCACGAUAUCCCACAUUCUCUCUGGAAGAGCAAGCUGCUGGCCAAGUACCAGGAAAUUCCCUUUUACCAGAUCUGGAGUGGAGCUCAGAGGAACCUACACUGUGCAUUUAUAUUGGAGCGGUUCAGUUUGACAACCACAAACCUGGCUUGUAAACUGUGUGUGCGGCAGGUGGAAGGAGAGGGACAGAUAUUCCAACUGAAUAGCUCUUUGUCAGAGGACACAGGCAUUGAUACAUCCCUCAUGGACCCAGCCAGCAACAUCACGACUCUAGUGGGACCCACUGCCUUCAGAAUCCCUCUCUCAAUAAGACAGAAGCUCUGUGGCAGCCUGGACGCCCCUCAAACCCGAGGCAAUGACUGGCGAAUGUUGGCCCACAAAUUGAGUUUGGACAGGUAUCUUAAUUACUUUGCCACAAAGUCAAGUCCUACUGGAGUCAUCUUGGAUCUCUGGGAAGCUCAACACUUUCCUGAUGGGAACCUGAGCACACUGGCAGCUGUCCUGGAAGAAAUGGGGAGACAUGAGACUUUGAUCUCCUUGGCAACAGAACACUGACUGAGACCUCUAUACUUUGAAGAAGAAAGUAUGAUGCAUAGGAAACACUGUAGUUACUUACAGAUCAUGACCAAUGAUUUUUAAAGAAAUCAGAAAAAAGGACUUUCUCUCUAAAAAAAAGAAAAAAAAGAGCUUAUAUAUGAUCAUGUGACUUUGGAAUCAUGGAAUAGUGAUGUUUCCCUUAUAAACUGAAAAAAAUCCUGUUAGCUCAGCUGUACUUCCUUUGGUACAGUUUUUAUACAGUUUCCUAGGAAACGCUUUGUACUGCUAUCCAUACAUGUGGAUGAUCUUUCCUAAUCCAGAUUUCUACAGUCUUAAGUGUGUUUAUGAAAUUAAAACAGAUUGAGGAGAGCAAGACAACAGGACAUAAGAUAACACCAAGGCCUGUCUCAUCUGCUGCCUCCUAGUUUGGUUGGACAACCAAAUAUGGCAUUUAAAAUACCAGUUAUACCAGGUAUUUUUACAACUAUACCCCUUCUGUCUGGAGGUUUCAGCUCAAGUACCACUUUACAAUUUCCGCUCUACUGAAUGGUACCACAGUUGCAAGAAUAAUCUGAUUAACCACUUAUUUUUUCCACAUUUAUUUAAUAUAAAAUUUAUGUCAACAGUUCGGGACUAACAAACUGCUGGUUUAGACAGAAUACUAAACAGUAAUUCUUAAAACUUUUAAUUAGAAGUUUUUGGAUGUACAGAAUCAAAAGACAAUAUUUUUAAAUAUCUUCAGAAACACAUUUGCUUUCUAUUCGGCAAAGUUAUUAUAAAUAAUCCAAAGUAGUCUGCAAUGCAAAUGGUUUUCAUGUUGUUAUUUACUUCCCAUGUCAGCAUAAUUGUGUGCCAUUUAAAAUGUUUAAAACAUCAAAAACAUUAACCUCAAGAAAAAAUUAUAAUAGAUAACAUUGCUAAACUUUUUAUUAAAGCCAUCAUAAAAUUAUCCAAAGGGACUCUGUAUAACUUUCCGUGGAUUUGCACUUUCUGAAGAUUUUGUGUUUUCUUAUUUAUUUUUUCUUUUGCAAGUAAGACAUUUAUCAAUUUUUGACUUUGAAACGAUACAUAGGAUAAUCUGGAUGUACUGUACACUAUCAAACAUUGAAAACAAAUUCAACCAGCUGCUAUUGCUGUUACUAAAAUGCAGCCACGCAUAAAUAAAACAAAACACGUUAAAGUAUGAGUAUUGUGACUUAUUUACCAGAGCAAAAUUAUACUACUAAAAAAUGCAGAAAGAUUGUGCUUCACUGAUUUGUCUUCAAUUAUACGAUGAGUUGAAAACUGCAAAUGUCAUGAGCAGCACAGAGUGCAGAAUUGCAAGACACCGUCUACACCCACCCUAAUGGAGUGGAAAUCCACUCAGUUGAAAUCCUGCAUGCGUUCAGGUGGAUGGUAAUUUUGAAACUAUACGAUACAAACCUUUCAGCUGCUAAACAAAAGUUAACUAUUUAUGCACAGUGAUUUAGAGAUAAUAUAUAAUACCGUAAAAAAAAUUAAUUCAAGAUCAUUAUUGGUUUUCUUUAAUUUUUAUUUCUGAGUCAUCCUGUGUACCCCCAUUCCCUUUAAGUUCUUAUUUGUAUUAUCUUCUCAACUUGCAUUUAUGUCUUUAGGGAUUUAAGUAUACACUGCUUUAUUAAAACAUAUUUAUCUGCAAUAGCUUCUUGAUUUUUAAACACCUUCGUCCCAUACAUAAGCUUUUAUUUUUGUUUAGUCAUUUUCCUUAUUUUACUAUUGCCAUCCAGUGGCCAGAAAUCAAAACUGCACAUUCCUGAAUUAGCCAUUCACCUCAUGAUAUAUUAGCACUCAGGUUCAAAGAGGUGUCAUUUUAAAAAAUAUAUAUAAAAUAGCUGUUGGUAGUUCCUGUUACCAACACUACUGCAUAACAAGCUGGUAUUACUGUAUUUGUUUUGCAUAAGGUUCAUUUUACAUUGUAUGUUUUCUUCCGAUUCCUCUGCAUUAUUUUAAAAAUAUAUACUGAACAUUCUUAUGACAUGUAACAAUUGUGUGAAAUUUUUAACAAUCGUGGUUCCUGAAAACAUGUUUUUGAUUUCAGUGUUUUUUCUGGUUGUGGGUGGGAAGUAGCAUUUGACAAACAUCUAAAAUGUUAAGUGUUACAUCUGUUGUUGAAAUGCUUAUUUUUAUUCGCUCAUUCGCAAAAGGUUUUGUUCAAUGUUGAAGUUAAUUCAAUGCUUUAUUUGUGUUAUUCUUUGGGCAGGUGCAUACAUAAUGUUCAAGUGACCUUUCAAGCUUAUUUAUUUAAUAUUAUGAUUGUUUGUGGUCCUUGCUGUUUAAUGCUAAUUUCCCAAUAUUACAAAGUCCCUGCAAUAUUUUUUGUUUUUCAGUGUACAAUAUUUACUCUUUGGUGCCUCAUUGUUUUCGUUGGUACUGUGAUUACCAAAAUAUGUUUCUGGUAGAUAAAAAUACAGUUUGAUAGAUGCUGUUUUCUCAGCAUUUUAUAAAGGUUUUGAAAUUAAAUAAUGGCAAACUUUGGCCUCAUCUGGCACUGUAAUAUAAAUGGCAGUUAACUCAUCUACUAUAUAUAUCUUGGUACAACAGCAGCUAUAUUUAAACGUCAUUUUGUUUGUUUCUUUUUCAUCAUUAUUUCAUGACAUUGUUGCUGUAACUGCUUAAGUUGUAUAAUUAAUCAUACAUUAAUGUUUAUUUGAUCAUACCUUUGAGAGAUACCACAUCAGACAGUACUCAUGUUUAACUAACAACCAAGGAUAAAUUAAUACACAAAAAGGGACAAACUUUUAUCAUUGUAUUUGAAGUAUGUGUGUGUUAUGAUGUACAGAAGUCUAAUUUGACACGUGUCAAAAAAUAGAUAGAUUUUAAGUUUUUCAAUAUUUACUAAGUGCAGUAUCCUGUUUUUUUUGUAAUAAUGGCUGAUUUUCUAAAGGUGUAUCUACUAUGCAAAUUUGGCAUCUUUUAUAAAAGUGCUAGCAAUUGCAUUAGUUGUUGUGUAGUGGCAGUGCUGUUCACACUACAUAACUUGGUUUCUUGCAAAUGCUUGCAUUUCUUUUGUCAAGUCUGUGUACAAAGUGUAAGAAAUCAUUUUUAAACAAGUAAUAAAUUAUAUUUAUAAGCA